AUGCCGAGGCCUCACAAGCGUGAAGCUCCAGACUUGAUGAAAUAUCAAGUAGUGAAAAAGCAAAGAAAUAAUCGUAAUUUGGGUUCAGAGUGUUCCACCACUCUGAAACAAAGGAGAACUCAUCUAGCUGGUUGGGUUUUCAACCAACCUGCGUCCAGACAAGCAUGCUUGUCAGAACACUUGUCAUUAUCCCAAAUGAGCAAUCCGGAUCUAGAUUCUGAUGGGGCUACAAGUGGUUUGGACAAUGAAAACUCAUGCCUUAGUUCUCAGCACACACCUGCUGCCACAGAUGAUGUUGCUCUCCAAGGAUGUCCAGUUUUUGAUGUACAACAGUCGCCAAAGAAGGCUCUCCGAGCGGCAAUGAUGAAGAAACGGUUUGCUGAAACUAUUUUGAAAGCACAAAAGAAUACACUUUUUGACCAUGGUAAAGCAAAUCCUUUGAAGAUGCAGCAGGAAAAGGAAAGAUUUAAAAGUAUACAGCGUAAAGGUGAAUUAAGCAAUUCAAUAUUUUUUCCCUCCCUUGUAACCCCCCAUUUACCUGCAAAAAGUCAAGUGCAAUAUGAUAUAUAUGUUUGUAAGGAUCCCAAGGAGCAAGCACUUCACUUCGAUUUUGCAAGACAAGCUCUUGAUGUUAUAUGUAGUACAAUGGAUACUAUAUUUUCUUGUUGA